CAUCGAUUUCUUCCAAAAUUUCCCCAAAAUUGUAAUUUUUUUUUUUGGGUGAAAAAAAUGUCGAUUUUACGAUCCUGAAUCGAUCCGUGGGUAAUAUAUAUGGUUUCUUGUUUGAUUAAUCUAAUGUGAGGUUAUGGUUUUCCGUAUUAGAAGAAUGAGGGGAAAGGAGUAGACGAAAAGAAGUCGACAGCGGAGAGAGGAGAGAGACGUGAACAGGGAGACGAACGGCUUCAUUAUCUAAUCGCAAGCGAUUCCCUUCAGCUUCCCAAUCUAUUUCUUCCACCUCUAGCUCUGUAUAAAUGUUUCCUUGAUUGUAGAUGUAGGUAACCUUUUAUCUUCACCUAAAUCUGCGGGCUUACGGGCAACUGAACGGAAUCAUCCGAAUCCGUGCGAAUCCAGGGCUGUCAUCUGUUUCCGGGGGGAAUCCUGAAGGAAAGUUUCAAUUUUUGACCGUUAAUCCUCUGUUUGGGCUUUUACUUGAUGCUCAGGUUGGGAAGUUAGAAAAAAAAGCGUUUCUGUUUUUCUUUUUUUUUUCGCUGCGGGGAUCACAGGGACAGCUCGGGGUUAUGAUCGGUUGCCAAACGGUUGGGGGAGCAUCAAGUGUUUUUGCAGACGCUAGGGUUCAUUCCGAUUCUGCAAAGGAUUUGGGGUUUUGGGAUGAGGAAUGAUGUGCAGAAGGUGCAAGGAGCUGUGCCGAGGAACGGUAGGGGAAAUGGUUUGUUUUCCCUGCGGACGUAUUUGAGAAUUGUUUCGUCAGGAGCCUCCACUGUUGCGUCUACGGUUCGGUCCGCUGGGGCUUCGGUCGCGUCCUCCAUUGCUGAGCGCUACGAAGAAGCCAUCCGCGACCAGGUGCAAUGGGCUGGCUUUGACAAAGUGGAAUGCAUAGGUGGUGUUUUCCGGCAAGUACUUUUGCUUGCCUACCACCAUGGUUUCCAGGUUUGGGAUGUUGAAGAGGCAGAUGAUGUGCGGCAAUUAGCUUCCAGACAUGAUGGACCUGUUUCAUUUCUUCAAAUCCAAAAGAAGCCUAUCUCAUCUAAAAAAACUGAUGAUAGUUUUGCUGAUUUUCGUCCGUUGCUUGUCGUUGCUGGAGAUAUUUCAGUUGGCGGGGGGAACAAUGUUGUCGGUGUGAACCCCUAUCCAGGCAAUGGUGGUGUUGACUCAGGCGGUGAAACCCAGUUACCUACGGUGGUGCGUUUCUAUUCUAUAAGGUCUCAUGACUAUGUCCAUAUUUUGAAGUUUAGAGCAGCUGUUUAUUCAAUCAGGUGCGGUCCUCGAGUUGUUGCUAUUUCUCAAGCUUCACAGAUCCAUUGUUUCAAUGCUGCCACUCUAGAGAAAGAAUACACCAUUCUUACUCAUCCUGUAGCUUUCGGCUAUCUCGGUUCAGGUUCUUUAGGGUACGGACCACUUGCUGUUGGCCCCAGAUGGUUGGCAUAUAGCGGAGCUCCUGUUAUAGUUCCCGAUACUAACCGUGUUAGGGCCGAGUAUUUGGCUCCUUCAGGAUUGUCUUCAUCUCCCAAUGGAAGUAUGGUGGCAAAUUUUGCAAAAAAAUCCAGCCAGCAACUUGCUGCUGGUAUUGUGACUCUUGGUGAUAUGGGAUAUAAGAAGCUAACAAAAUAUUAUUCAGAACUUAUGCCUGAUGUAAAUGGAUCAAUCAAGAGUGGAAACUCAAACUUUAAGGCUAAUGGAGCUCUGAAUGGAAACACUACAGACGUGGAGGAUGCUGGAAUGGUCAUAGUUCGUGAUAUUGUCUCCAAAUCCAUUAUUGUGCAGAUAAGGGCUCACAAAAGCCCCAUCUCUGCUUUAUGUUUUGAUCCGAGUGGGAUUUUAUUAGUCACGGCAUCAAUUCACGGUCAUAACAUCAAUAUAUUUCAUAUUUUGCCUCCUCUUUCAUCAAGUUCAUCAGUUUUUACUGGAGCAGGGAGCUCUGUUCAUCUUUACAAGUUGCAACGAGGAAUCACAAAUGCGGUUAUCCAAGACAUAAGUUUUAGUGACGAUAGCCAAUGUGUCAUGAUCAGCUCCUCACGAGGAACCAGCCAUUUAUUCGCAAUUUCUCCUUUCGAAGGAACCAAUUUUCAUAAUGUGAAUUGUUCGGAUGGAAGUUAUAGAACUGAUAUCAAUCAGCCUCGAAGUUUAGAUGUAUCAAAACUUAAUCAUUCAAAUUCUUUUUCUGGUCCCAUUACAUUAUCUGUUGUGAGCAGAAUAAAGAAUGGGAAUAAUGGGUGGAAAGGUGCCGUUAGUGGUGUGGCGGCAACUGCCACUGGCAAGGUCAACCCUCUUUCCGGAGCUAUUGCUUCAACAUUCAUAAAUUGCAAGACUUGCAGCCUUUAUGUUGAUGCAAAUUCGUUACGAAAAAAGAAUUACUUACUGUUGUUCUCUCCUUCUGGAUGCAUUAUUCAAUAUGUUUUGCAUCAGUUAAAUGGAGAAGAUUGUAGUAUUGAUUCCUCUGGUUUGAGUUCUAUCUCGCCUGGACUGUCACUUGAAUCUGAUUCAAGAUAUGUUGUAGAGCCAAUACAGAAAUGGGAUAUAUGCCACAGAAGAAAUCGAAGAGAUAGGAAUGAUAAUAUGGAUGCUUAUGGUGAACAAGGAAAUGGUGAAAAUGCGAAAUUGUUCCAGAAAGUAUCGAAGAAGGUAAACAGUGUUUAUCCAGCUGAUUGUUCCAGUGCGAAGUUGAAGCUCAAUGCCGAAGAAAAUAAUCAUUUGUAUAUAUCUGAGGUUGAGUUGCAGAUGCAUUCAGCUCAGAUUCCUUUGUGGGCUAAACCUGGGAUAACAUUUCAAGUGCUGAUGGAUGAUACUGUGAAAAUGGAUCAAAUUAGUUACUUGAGUGGUGAAUUUGAGAUAGAGAAAUUGCAGUAUCGAACGGUUGAAUCCAGGUCGGAGGAUCUGAAGCCGAUUCUUGACUAUGUUCAUAGAUCCAACUCCAGUCAAUUAAGAACUAAUGUCAACACCAACAUAAACUCUUUGAUGAUGAAAUCAACGUCCUUAUCGUCUGAACAUGGGAUGCUUUCCCGCCGGAGCAGCUCGAGUUCUUUCGACCCUACACCUGAUAGCCCGGUGCUAUCGGAGUUAUGUGAUGGCAACGAAACCAAUUACUUCGGCAGGUUUGCAAACUCAACGGACGCCCAUGAGGCCUUUGUAAAUACUCCAAAUGAAAGGCCACACAUCAGUCGCCAGCUCGAGCUUGUGAAUGGUCCGGAUGAGCUGGAGACGACAUCCUUGCUUGACUUUGUAAAUAGCAAAAAGAGCCCGAAUAAUUCCGAGGAGCUGAAAAUAGAGGCUUUGCAUGAAUUUGUAAAUAACAGUAAGACCGUGGAAUUCGAUAAUCACAUUGAUGACCUUCAUAGCGCAGUUUCUUAAGAUUGCAAUAAGCUUAGGAGCUUUAUGGUUUUUGAUCUUCCUCAGCUGUGCAGCCAACCUAUUCUUUGAUUAUAUACCCGAAGGCAUAUUUGACAUGUCCUGUGUGUAGCUACUUGUAGUGGUGGGGAAUGUAAAGCAAUGCGAGGUGGUUAUAAAUGUGAGGAGGGAUGGAGGUUAUCACUGUAAUUUCACCCAUGAAAGUGGAUUCUAUUUCGGGUAUGUCUUUGUAAAUAACAAAUUUAUCUCAAUGUCUUCAAUAAAUUCAACUAUAAGCUGUAAAUAAUGUUCAUGAUUUGCUAUUUAUUAUC